CUCUAUCGUGAAAUUGUGGUCUGGCAGUCCCUAGACCACCCUCAUGUUCUCCCGUUCUAUGGUGUUGAGGCGUUUAACUUCAGUCCACUUGUGUGCAUGGUUGCGCCCUGGAUGCACAACGGGAGCCUUCUACAAUACGUUCAGCAGGGUAACAGGUCGGAGUGGGACAUCAAUAAGCUCCUCUACGAGACUGCUCAGGCGAUAGAUUAUCUUCACUCACGGUCUAUCGUACACGGAGAUGUUCGCUGCUCCAACGUCCUCAUUGAUCGGAGCGGAUAUGCAAAACUCGCGGACUUCGGGCUUUCCAUUUUACUCGCGGAAAGGGCCACAACAGCUACAACGAGUGCAGGGUCCUACAGAUGGAGCGCGCCGGAACUAUUCACGUCGGCGGAUGCUCACCGGACUCGUCAAAGUGACAUAUACGCUUUUGGAUGCACCUGUCUGGAGGCACAUACUGGACAACCACCCUUGCCUGAACUCAAGGAGUUCGCCGUGGUUGCAAAAGUCAUUUCGGGGGCGAGGCCCCAAUGGCCGCAGGGUUGCGAAGCUUCGGCUGCCCUGCGGUCACUUGCGGAGGAGUGCUGG